UUUUGGGGUUCUUUCUUUUACAUUUUUUUUUGAAUCACCGUUCAGUUCCGCUUAUUAUUAUGGUGGGGGAAGGUUUCCACCUUCAAUCAUUGGGAAUAAACUGCUUCCAUCGAUCUGUCUGCUAAUGUGACCGUGACUAACCAAGUUGUCAAACUCACUCACUUUUGGUUUGCAGUCCAUGAAAAGUUCGUUGCAUGCAGAUAUUUCACAUCAGUCUAUGAUGCAUACAUGUAUAUUUUAACAUAAUCUUUCUGUUUUUGCAUUUAUUCGGCAUCAUUAUUUUAAGAUUUAUAGGAGCACCCAUCACUUUAACAACAAUCGUAGAAACCAUAAACCAUUGACCCAAACAUGGUUUCAUGUUUCGCACACCUUCCACGGUAGAAGUCGUUCAUGCAAAGAAUAAGCAGUCACCAAGAGCGGGUCAGCUAGGGCUGUCCUCUUUUCAGCUAACUUGCUCUACUGCUUGUUGUUGCUUUCCCAGAUGGUCCAGAAACUACCUCACCUCAUACCACCUUUCCGCUAUGCCAUUGUGGAGGAGAAUUUGUUUCGAGGAGGGUAUCCUAAACCACGGAACAUGCGAUUCCUGAAAAGAUUAAAACUCAAAACCAUUUUAUCACUCAUACCCGACAAGCUCGUGCCAGAGAUGCAGGAAUUCUGCGAACAACAGAAUAUCCACAUGCUGCACCUAACCAUUGAUAAAAUGAAGGAGGAUAAUAUUCCGCUCAGUUAUAACAAAACUCUCAUGGCACUUCAGAUUAUCAUCGAUCCUACCAACCAUCCCAUCUAUAUUCAUUGUCUUGAUGGAGCCGAUGUCACUGGUUUGGUGAUCGCCUGUUUACGCAAGUUGCAAAUGUGGAGUACGUCUAGUGCCAUGGUCGAAUUUGCACGGAAUCUGCAUACGAAUGUUGUAGCACCGGAAGAGUUUGAGUUUGUGGAAAACUUUAAGAAUUUUGAAGUAACGAUACCCAUUACUAUCCCCAACUGGCUUUGGGGUGGACAAGUUAACUUUCACAAGCAUCCAAGUCUGCGGUUAAAGUUUUUAAAUCCUGACAUGAUGACGGAAGAAGAACGAGAACUCAAAGAUCUAAAAGAAAAACGAGAGAAGCAAAAGGAAGACUUUUAUAAAAAGCGGAAAAAUGAUUUGCUCGAUAACCUCUUUGAACCGACAAUGACAGGGAAUCACAGCGGUAUGCGACAUCAUAAAUCGGGGAUUGCCAGCAAUGUCAGCAGCGGUCCAGGAUCCUCUACUGCCAGCCACAAGCUAUCAUCUUCUAUUGCUGACAUGGACGAUGCCGGCUUUACUCUUUCCACUUCGGUGAUGGCCGAUAUGGCCAAUGGAAGUUCGGAAGAUGUUAAGGAAGAUUUGGAAACAAGCCCCAGUUCAGAACGCUAUUUGGUCGAUGUGGAUGUUGACGUGGAUGGCGUGAUGAUGGAUGGUUUGGAUCAAGUAGAAUAUUACAAUCGCCAGUCGGGCUAUUUCCCUGAAGAUUUUGGACGAACCACUCGAUUUUAUGCGGAUAAUGAUGGAGAAGGUGUGUUAUUGGUGGAGGACGAACACGGCGAUCUUUAUGAUGAUGGAUCUGGUACUCGAUUCACCGGUGAACCGAUUAGCAGAACUCUCGAAGCAUUAGCUUUAGAAGGUCUCAGCGACUAACGCCACUUCAUCAUUCAAUCAAAACUGUACAUAGUCAUGUUAUAUAAAACCGUUUACUAUCUUGUCCAUGAAACUAGCAGAAUAAGCUAUAUGA